AUGAAUAAAGAAAACGAAGUCCCUAAAGAUCUGGUGAGGCCAGACUUAGCUAAUUCCGCUGCUGCCUCAAAUCUCGCCUUCAAUGAGAAGGUAAAAGCAAUGAUAAGAGCGGGAAGAAAGAUUUACCACUUUGCUUUCGGCCAGUCUCCGUUCCCCGUUCCGCCAUGCUUAGUGAAGGCCAUGCAGGAGUAUGCUCAUGUGCACGAGUAUUUACCCAUGACAGGCAUUCUUGAACUCCGAGAAGAGCUGGUGAAAUUCCACGCCCGCCACGACCGGCUGGACCUCGACGUAGAUAGCAUGGUGGUUGGGCCAGGCAGUAAGGAACUCAUUUACCUCACCAUGGCGACUUUUAGCGGAGGUAAAGUGCCCGUGAUUCCCGUGAUUCGGUUCAUUCUGUACCCCAUACUCAUACUACUUUACUUUACACUCAUACUUACUCAUGCUCGUUCUGCAUAA